AUGGUUUGGAAGAAGCUUGCAUUUCCAGAGCAGUUUUUUUCACCAAGAAGAAAGGUGAUUUCUGGGUUUGGUUUGGGGAUUGGAGUUUCUAUUGUUGUACUUGGUGUACUAUUGUUCAGCAACUCAUUAAAAAGUCCUACAGUGGAACCUUCGAUACAAGGAUUCUAUAGUGUUGGUCUGAAUUCUGGUUCCGUUUCAUGGCCUUUCUCAUUUUCAAGUAGUUCUGGUUCUUCUUUCUCUCAUGGUGCUAGUACUUCAGAAACGCCGGAAUCUAUUGAUUUGGAGCAUAAGGUUGAAGAAGGAAGGGUUCUGAACAGAACCCAUGAAGCAAAUUCAUCUGUAGUUGCUGGAAAUCCAAAAUUUGUGGAGGCCAAUGGGAAAGGGACGGUUUUGGAGAAUACCCAUUUUCAAAAUUUUACAGAGGAGGUUAAAGAUCGAAGCAUUGUGAUUGAAGACGAAAAGAAUCAACAGAAAAACAGUGAUAAUGGGUCAUUAAUUGCUGAAAAGGGUAAAGUUUUGAGUUCAAAUGGGGGAGGAACUGUAGUAGAGAUUGCCCAUUUGGGAAACUCCUCUGAGCUUUUGAAAAAUGGAAGCUUGCAUGGUGAAGAGGAGAGGGUGAUUGGGAAUUUUAGCCUUUCUGGCAUAGAAGAUGUGCAUGCAGAGAAAACAAUUGAAGGCAGUUUGUCAAAGAAUUCUAGUAAUGAGGAUGAUAAGGUCACAGAAAAUAAGAGGAAGAAAAGCGUUCGGGAGACAGCUCAUCUAGGAAAUUCGAAGGAGAAAAACAAGAUCAUUGACUAUGAUUCUCAACUCAGGAAAAUGCAGACUGAUUCUUAUCAGAAAUGUGAUAUAUUUUUUGGUAAGUGGGUAAGAGAUGAUUCAAAGCCAUAUUAUCCUGGAGGUUCUUGCCCAUACAUUGAUAGGGAUUUUAAUUGUCACCUAAAUGGGAGGCCAGAUAAUGCUUUUAUAAAAUGGAAAUGGCAGCCAAAUGAGUGUGACAUCCCAAGCCUGAAUGCAACCGAUUUUCUGGAGAGGUUGAGGGGAAAGAGGUUGGUGUUUGUGGGGGAUUCACUGAAUAGGAACAUGUGGGAGUCUCUGGUGUGUAUUCUUCGCAACAGCCUUCGAUACAAGAGAAGAGUUCAUGAGAUUUCGGGAAAGAGUGAAUUUAAAAAGAAGGGCUUUUAUGCCUUCAGAUUUGAGGAUUAUAAUUGUUCAGUGGAUUUUGUUGCUUCUCCAUUCCUUGUUAGGGAAUCAUCGUUCACUGGUCGAAAUGGUUCAUUUGAGACAUUAAGAUUGGAUUUGAUGGACCAGACAACUUCUAUGUAUCAUGAUGCUGAUGUGAUCGUUUUUAACACUGGCCAUUGGUGGACUCAUGAGAAAACAUCUAAAGGGGAAGACUAUUACCAAGAAGGCAACUAUGUACAUCCCAGACUGAAGGUUCUCAAAGCAUACAAGAGGGCUCUCACCACUUGGGCUAGAUGGGUUGACAAGAACAUUGAUGUCAAGCGGACUCAGGUUUUCUUCAGAGGAUAUUCAGUUACCCAUUUCAGCGGAGGGCAAUGGAACUCAGGUGGGCAGUGCCACAAAGAAGCAGAGCCAAUCUUUAAUGAGACUUAUUUAGGGAAUUACCCUUCAAAGAUGAGAGCUCUAGAGCAUGUACUUCAAGAAAUGAAAACUCCAGUGACAUAUCUAAACAUAAGCAAGCUUACAGAUUACAGAAAAGACGGACACCCUUCCAUUUACAGAAUGAAAUACAAGACAGUAGAAGAACAGAUUACUGCAGAGCAAUCUCAGGAUUGCAGCCAUUGGUGUUUGCCUGGGGUUCCAGAUACUUGGAAUGAAUUGCUAUAUGUUUCUCUUUUGAAGGCCGGAAGGGCAUCGGUGGGAAGCUGA